UUAAGUCUCGUAAAUAUGUUGUUUAUUAUUGAUUAACAUAACCUCAAAUUUGUCUUAAUUCGGUUCUUACACGGUGCAUUAAUUAUAAUUCGCUACAACUACUAGAUCAAAUAAAUAUAUCAUGAAACAGAUUUUAAUAAUUACGUAUUCGUAGUGAACUUUAUUUCGUACCACUGGCUUUUAUUUCAGUGAUUUGUACAUGUUGAAAAUAUGUUAAUAACUAUCUCAAUUUUAAACAAAAUAAUAUUGUUACUUUAAAACUCGUCUGUUUUAUGUUAUAGGUACUAUACACUUUUUCUGUUUGAUAUUAAAAUGUAACAGAGCAUGUAAUUUCAUAUUAAAUUAUGGUUUUGAUAUUGUAUGGUACAUAAUAUGCAAUAAUAUGUGUUAUGAUUCCUCUAUUUCUGUAUUAUUCCAAACACAGGAACAAAUAAUUAUGAGCUACUUUACAAUAUUACGUUGCAAACAGUCCGUAACCUUAAAUAAGUAUUUGCUAGAGAAGUGUUUGAGACAAUAUUUAAUGUGUAAUGCAAGUUUAUACUCCACUGGAAUUAAUAAUAAUCAUCAUAAAAAUGACACUGCUAAAAAAGAACGUAUCGCUAGGAGAAGAGCGUUAAGGUUACAAAUUGUUCAAGAUAUUAAACAAACUAAACGGAAAGUGGAAGAGAUUAUCGAAAAGGAAAAUAUUUGGACGAUACCAAACUUUCUUUGUAUGGGUAGAAUUGUAACAUCGCCUUAUUUAAGUUACUUGAUUUUAUCACAGGAUUACCAGGUGGCGCUGUGGUUAUUAAUAAUUGCAGGAUUCAGUGAUUUAGCUGAUGGGUGGAUCGCGCGUACAUGGACAUCCCAAGCAUCUAAGCUUGGUAGUUUUUUAGACCCAGUUGCAGAUAAAUUACUCGUAGGUACGUUGUUCCUCUCUCUAGCCUGGGUGGGUUUGGUUCCUAUUCCUCUCGCGUGUCUUGUAAUCGCGAGGGACGUUGCAUUGGUUUCUGCUGCUUCUUAUAUUAGAUAUCAAUCUCUACCACCACCGAAAACUUUGGCUAGGUAUUUUGAUGCUACACACGCGACAGUACAGUUAGCCCCAACAUAUAUAAGCAAAAUUAAUACAGUUGUUCAGUUGUCUUUUGUCACUGGGACAUUGGCUGCUCCUAUAUUUCAUUUCGUAAAUCACCCAAUUUUAGAAGGUCUGUGUUAUGUAACAGCAUUAACAACAUUAGCAGGAGGCAUAAGCUAUUUGAUAUCAAAAAAUACAUAUAAAUUCUUAAGAAAAAAGACACCAACCAAAUCAUCUCGCUAGAUGUAAUUGUAUGUACAUUAUUAAUAAAUGAGGAAAACACAUCAGUGACACUAUUUUUAAGUUUAUUACUAGCUUUGUAAAAGAAAUUUCCUAUAAAUAUCUAUGGCAUAUAAGGAGGUAUCGUAUCAUUCUAGUUC